GCUUCGUGAAUAGCCCUCCACGCACCAACCCAUUGCUUGAAACCCUGGCUGUAACUCUCUGUCGCCGUAAUUCGCACGUCUUCGUCAUUUCACCCGACCAUCGCCACCAUGUCCUGGCUCCGACGCUCAAACCCAACGACGGGUCGCGGAAAGCGCAAAUCGCCUCCGAGUCGGAUAAUGUUCUCAGAAAGUUCCUCCGCCAUUCUGCUCGGCAGCAGCAGCGCCACCGGCGCGGAUUUUUCGCGGCGGCUCCUGUGUCUUCUCGCCCUGCUUUCCGCGGCAGCUUCCCCGGCUGUAGCUGCGCCGACUGACCAGCUGCCCCUGCGCGGGUGCUACGACUGCAUCAAUCUCCGCAAGGGCUACUACAUCGCCAACGCGGGAAGCACCACGCUGUCCGUGCCGCAAACCACACCCUUCAACUAUAACUACGAGCGCUACGCCUUCGACGCGAGCGUGACAUUCCUCGCCUCCUCCGUAAUCCUCUCCCACUUUCCCUUCGCGCCUCCGUAAUCCUCUCCCACUUUCCUUUCGCGCC